CCUAAAUUCAUUCAUACAAAAGUUAUUACGAUGAAGAUCCGGUUAAUAUUUUGUUUACACCUAAUUUUGUUUACUCAGUAUGGAUUUUGUGCGAUGUCCGAAAAACAAAUGAACGCUACCAAAAAGUUGGUAAGAAACACAUGUGUUACGAAAACUAAAGUUUCCCCUGAUGUUGUCGAUGCUAUGCACAAAGGAGACUUCAGUCAAGGACAGUGUUAUUUAUCAUGCAUUCUGAACACAUACAAACUGAUUUUACCUGAAGGCACUUUCGACUGGGAAGGUGGCAUUAAAGCCAUCAAUGCGAACAUGCCGCCUAACAUAGCUGAACCAGCCUGUGAAACUGUCAAAAAUUGUAAGGAUUCAAUGAAGACCAAAACAGACAAAUGCAUAGGAGCUGCUGAAAUAGCUAAAUGUUUAUAUGAUGAUAAUCCAUCUAAUUAUUUUCUUCCUUAAAAGUACGAUUGAUCUUUCCAAAGAAGAUUGAAUCUUAAAAAUAUUUAUUUUAUAGUGAUGCCA